AUGCCAAUCCAAUUAAAAAUUUAUAGAUCAAGGAAAAAGAGUAUCUUAAAAGCACUCAUCAUAAGGCAAAUGAGUAAAAUUAAGAUUUCCUGUCCACAUAAAAGAGAGAGGACUCACUAGCAGAAUGCUAAAACCAAUUACGGUACCUACACAUCUAAGCUAAACUAAUAGUCUCAUCCUAACAGAGAUUAUGCAAUUACUCAACAUACUUCCAAAUCCAAUUAAAAGUUGGAACAGACCUUUAAGGAGAUAAAUUAAUUUAUAGAUCAAGAUCAGCAAAAGGGAUCAGAAUAAGUAUUCUCAGGUCUUAAUCAAUUAGUAAAGAAGUAUGAGGGUCCAGAUAUCUUUGCUAAUAGUAAUAGAAGGAAAUACAUGCCAACUCACUAUAGGGAUCAUUAGAGUGAUAAUACGAAUCAUGUGAUAAAUAACAACACUUUCUUGCGAGUAUUUGACAGAAACAAUCCUAUUGAUGAUAAAGUUAAGCCUAUUCUAGAUCAAAAUGUGGCUGGAAUAAGACCAAAAGAGGCAUUCUUGACCUAUAAAGAAGAUAACAAAGGAAUCAUUAGAAGAAAUAAGUCUUAACACUUUAAAAUUAUGUAGCCAAAUCAAUUAAGUUAGAUUAAGUCAGAGAGAAAUUUUGAGAACUCAAGGUAUACAAACUUAUAUGAGGGAAUUCAUGAGAUGCCUUAAUAGGAACCAGAGCCAGCACUGAGAUCUAGUAUUCAUAGUUUGGGGUCAUUUGUGCAAUAGAACUUUGAGAAUCAAUCUAUACUCAGGAAUUCCUUUAAUCCUUUGCAGGCUUCAGGCUAGACUUAGGUAAAUAUAGUGCAUGAAGAUAGAGUAAAUAAUGAUGCUAUGCAGAAAUCUGGUAAAGUAGCCAAUUCCUUUAACGAAGUAGCGUCAAGAAAGAAUGUAUUUAAUCGCAUGAUUUAAAAUGAGUUGAGAAGCAGAAUGCUUGCGAAUGAAUUCAUUAAUAAUGAGCAUUCAUCAAAUAGAGCUAAUACUUACCAAUAGUCGGGAGGAAACGAGUCUAUUCCAAAUUAGAAUUAAUUUGCUUAAAGCUCAAUGAAAACAUAAUAACACAUUCCUUAAGAAAUCAUAAAUUAGAACUAGUUCUUCAAACUGGAGUAAGUCUACAGGACUAAUGAAACUACCCAUAAAGAAAGACCUCAAGCUUUUAUCAAAGAUUCUCCUUUCAUGUAAUAAAACGGCUAUCACGACUCAAAUCAUUAUCCUUUGCUAGGAAAAUCAUCUAGUAUGAUAAAUCUACCGUCAAGCAAGCAGAUCAACUUAACUUAAAACUUACUUGGAGUACCAUAAAGUACUUCCUUUGGAUUAAAUGGCAAUACAUCUAUUCCUUAAAAGGCCAAUUUCAAGGACUUACUAGAUAUGAGCCGCACUCUAGACAAAGGUAUCAAAAUGAGAUGA